AUAACAAAUUUCAAGUGAAGUACUCGGAUCCAAAGGUCUGCAAGAGCUUUUUACUGGCAUGCUGUCCACAUGAAAUUUUAUCGUCAACGUUCUAUUUCCAGAGUCUCUGGAAAAAGCAAUUCCAAUCAGAUCCAUUGUACAAUAUUGUUGCGAGUAUUGUCCGCUCAUAUGUCGUGUUGUACUUGUCGCUCUCACAUGCGCGUUACUGUAAGUACUGAAAGCGAAGAGGACGUACGUAUUACAUUCUAACAAUUUGAUUAUCUUAACAUAAUUCAAGUACAUACUAGGUAUUAAUUUGGUUAAUAAUAAAGGCGGGCGGUUACCUCAGCCCCUCUACCGGUCAACGGUGGCGAGGCUGAGUGUCGAAUAUUAAUUCCGAGACCCUGAAAGGCCUGUAUAAAGUUGGUGAGUAGCGCCAUUGCUGAUUCAUGAGAACGAUGUCUUAUUGUCGCUUCUUACUAAUGAUGCCGUUUACGGCAGGUAGAAAUGAAGUUUACUUUGAAAGUAUGCGUGAAAAUCAUAUUCAUCCUCGGAGAUAUAAUGGGUACAGGAAAUGAAGCAGUGAUCUGUAAGUAAAAGACCAUGCGAAUUGCCAAGAUAAACAAAAUUCAUUCGGCUAUAGGAUUGUAAAUGUUUCUACUCACGUGUUCUUGACAGUUCUAAUUCAUUCUACAAUCGAUGCAGUAUGCAAUGAAACUUCGAUUGGUCAUUUCCUGAAAUUUUAUAAUAAUUAAUAAUACUGCUUUCAACAGAAGUCCAGUUUGAAAGAUAUCACACGAUGAUUCAAACGGGAACGAUCGAUUAAAGAAAAUGUUCGAUCGAGAUUUCACUGUACUUCAUACUGGUUACUCGAGAUCACGCGAUAAUCGAUUCUCGAUUUCGAUAUUCUCAUGAUACUGUUAAAGCGGUUCGUUUAAAUAUUAACGAGUAAGAACUCUACAGACAAAUUUUGAUCGUGUAUUAUCGUAAUACACUUAAAUAUUAAAAGUGAUGAAGUCUUGUUACAUGGUUGUCGACAGACCAAUUUUAGAGGGGGCCGUAUAAAUGCAAUGAUGAAGUAAGGUAAAGCUUGUUUGCUAAAACUUCAUUAUUACAAGGCUUAAAAAUUAAAAUUUCAAAAUUUGGAUAUAAGAAGACCAGAGGCCAUGUAGCAGGACUGUAUUGAAUAAACAAAUUGAAUAUCUUUGUGUCCUUUCCAAACAGAGAUAUUUGAAAUAAAAAUAAUUUUGGCAAUUUGCAAUGUAAUGUCCAUGAAAAAAGUGAGAAGUGGCAUGAAGCAGAGAAAAUGGGGGAGAAAGAGGGGGAGAAAGAGAAAGAAAAAAAAUUAGGGAGGACUGUGCAACGCGCCAGUUCUGUUAGAAAAAUUUCCUUCAGCAUUGGAUGUGUACGUAUUGAACUCGUUUUCUAAAUGGUCUAGAAUUGAUUCAUAUAAGGCAAUUCGUGCCCUACGUAAAUAGUAUAAUAAACCAUUAGGCUGUAAGUUGUUUCAUAGACACUGAACAUAUGAACUUAAGGUGUGUGCUGAUUGUAGCUUCAUUGCCAUCGCAUUGUCGUGUCAGGCGGAGAGGUGUUGCCACUCUCGCAUGGACCUGGGAGAAUGCCCCCAGAUUCACGACCUGGCCCUACGGGCUGAUUAUGAGGCUGCACAAAAGAAGAAAGAUCACUUUUAUGAUAUUGAUGCCAUGGAACAUUUGCAAAAUUUUAUUGCUGAUUGUGAUCGCCGAACGGAACAAGCGAAACAACGGCUAGCAGAAACUCAAGAAGAGCUCAGUGCCGAAGUAGCAGCGAAAGCGAAUAACGUUCAUGUUCUUGCGGAGGAGAUCGGUAAAAAAUUGGCCAAAGCAGAACAACUUGGAGAGGAAGGUUUCGUAGAGGAAUCAAUGAAACUUAUGGGUGAAAUAGACGAGCUCAGAAAGAAGAAAAAUGAAGCUGAACAGGAGUAUCGUAACAGUAUGCCAGCGUCAAGUUAUCAGCAACAGAAAUUGAGGGUUUGCGAGGUUUGCAGUGCCUACCUUGGCAUUCACGACAACGAUAGACGGCUGGCCGACCAUUUUGGUGGGAAGUUGCAUCUGGGCUUUAUCAAGAUCCGUGAAAAAUUGGCAGAGCUUCAGAAAACUGUUGAAGAAAGACGUAAAGAGAAACGAGAGUCAUUGCUCGACAGACGCAGAGAUAGAGAUGAUCGCGACAGAGACCGUGAUAGAUCAGACAAUCGCCGAGGAGGUUUAGGUUACAGAGAUAAAGAUCGUGAUCGUGAUCGUGAACGUGAGCGUGAACGUGAACGUGAUCGCGAUCGCGAUCGUGAUCGAGAAAGAGAGCGAGAACGAGACCGAGACCGUGAUCGUGACCGUGACAGAGACCGUGAUCGUGACCGUGACCGUGAUCGGGAUCGAGAUCGAGAACGCAGAGACAGGGAUAGGAGAAAGUCACGUUCUCGAAGCCGCAGUCGUGGCAAAAGAUCAAAACGUUCCCGCAGUAGUAGCCGUAGCCGUCGAUCACGUUCCCGUCGUAGUGGGUCCAAUGAUCGAAAAAGAUAAAACUAAUGAUCAUUUACAAUUAUGCUCAAUCAUUUUUCUUCGUAUAAAUCACGUGCUUAAUUGUGCACAUUACAUGUAAAAACAGAAUCGCUCGCUAAACAUAAUUUUUCAAUAGACAUUUCUUUGAAAAUUAAACUGAGAUUUGUACAUUGAUCGUUCACACCUUAUCAAAAACACCAAUAUUUCGAAAUAUCUUUGUGUAAAACUAGGCAUACUCCUGUACGUAUAACAGGAUUGAAUUUAUUAGAUAUUAAUAUUACGAAUAUACUUAUUCUAUUUGA